CAUUUGAAUUAGAUGACGAAUAAUGUAUUGAUUUUUCAAAUUAUGUCUUUUCAGUUCAAAAGUUGAAUAAAUAAGAUGAAUUUUUUAAAAUCUCUGUACAAUAUUUUUUUUCGUGAAGACCAAAAAGUCGUUGUCGCAGAUACGGCUAUCGGUUUCUAUUAUCCAGCAAGAAUAAGACCAUCAUCAUCAUAUUCAAUUCAUUCCGUUUUCAAACAAUUCGGUGAAAUCAAAAAUAUGGUAUUUUGAGCAACCAUUGAAAUUUACGACAUUUAUUGAGUUCAAAACACCUGAAGGAGCUAAUGCUGCAUAUUUAAAACGUCAUAUUCAAAUUGGGAGUCAUACGAUUAUUGUACAUCGAGUCAGGGAAACUUUCUUAAAAAAAUAUUCAGAUAAAGUCAAAGGAAAAAUUAAUGAUAUAUUGUUGCAACCACCAGGUGAACAAUCACCGAAGAACAUUCUCAAUAUUUUGAACGAUGAUUGCCUAUAUGAAAUUUUUAAGAAAAUUCCAUCCUCGAACUAUGGCUCAAUUGCAAAUGUAUGUGUUCGAUUUAAUCGAAUUUUAAGUGAAAUGUUAUCAAGAAAGUAUAAAAAGAGUGCAUUUAAUAUUAGUAGAAUUGUGUAUUUUGAAUUAUUUACACUAUCAGAAGCAGAAGAUUAUUUACGAAAUUUUGGCUCGUUGAUUUAUGUAGCUAGAAUCGAGGGAUGGAUGUAUAAACCACCAUUCAUAAUCAAAACAGAUUUAAUUUGUAAAAUGAUUAGUGAUCAUUGCGAAAAUCUUCGUAGUUUCAUAAUCACAGAUUUUGUAAUGUUGAACUGCAUGGCUAAUGAAUUAAUUCCAUUAUUUACGCGAAUUGAACAUUUAAAUAUAAUCAAAACUUCAUCAACAGACGAACCAAUCCUCAAUUUUCUCCCUGCAAUCAAUUGCCCGAAAUUGAUGACAUUUAAAUGGAAUAAUAGAAAAUUCGGUCGGCUUGAUGAUAUUCCCUCCGUCCAUAAGUUUAUAUCUUACAAUACACAAUUGGAGAGUUUGGAGUAUGGCUAUCAGACUAACUCUCAUUGGUUGGUGAAUGUAGAUUUUAGCAAUUUGAAACACUUAAAAAUGUUAUCACUUUGGAAUUACGAGUCAGAAGUUUGUGAAAAAAGUGCAUUCUUUGAAAUUACACAUACAUUGAAAGCAUUAUCAUCAACGCAUGCGCCAAUAGAAUGUUUGAAAUUAUACGAUACAUUGAUUGAUGAUGAUGCGAUUGAGUAUAUUUCUAAAAUAAAAACUAUCAAAAAAUUCGUAUUCGAUAGCAAACAUUAUUCUAAACAUUGUUCACCUAGCCGUCAUAUUAUUGAAUCAUAUAUAAUUCGUCUUGAAUCUGCUUUCCCACAUCUUGAAUUUCUUCAAUUCCGAAGCAGUUUUCAUUUUGAUAUAGUCUGCACAGAUAUUAAUUGGUUAGAAAAACAGUUACAAGAAUAUUUGAAUGUUAUCGAUUUGAAUAAACGACAAUUGGAAUGCACUGCAAAUACAAUUACGAAUAGAAAAAACUUAAUUACAACUCAAAAUAUUUGUCUCGGAUAUUAUGGGAAAAUUACGGUAAUAGUCAGCAAGUUUCCAGCUACUGAUUCAAAGGUGCAACGCUACUGGCUCACAUUGGUUUCUACUGAAUCUAUAAUCCUGAAUAAUUUAUUCCGUUACACGUUUCAGAGAUAAAGAAUGAGAUCAAAAUGUGUUGUAUUUUUUUAUACUUCUUCAAUAAUAUCAUAUAUGCUAAUAUAACUAAAGAUAUAUUGCGUUAUUCAGUUGUUAUUGCAACAAUAAUAAUAUUAAAGUUCAAAGACAAUAAUAAUAUUGAUCCCAAUUAGGAACGAUAUGUUAAAUAAACAAUAAAAAUAUGAUUUUUUUUACCAAAUUAUCAAUUAUCAUAGAAAAUCUUCGUGAAUCAA